ACCCCCCGGUCUGGUGGCGUCACUCUCCCCCACAGCACCACCACGGCAGCAGCAGCACCACGGGGAUGCCCAGGGCCGGCAUGGCACGGCGCUUCUCGUGAAGGCAACCCAAGCGCCGCGCCGCCUCACGGAGUGGGGAUCCAUAGCGGCGAGUUAAAGUUGCGUUCGUUGUUGUCAGAGGAGGUGGAGAGGUGGUGGCGACGACGCGGCCGGUGCUGAAUCCAUGGACACUCGUCGGACGAGACGCGGCCCGGCGAUGAAUUGGGACUUGGAAGGCGAGAUGGUGGGAGACGAGCUGGCAGAAGACGAGGUGGCCAGAGGUGAGGUAGCCGGAGACGAGAUGGCUGAAGAUGAGGUGGCGGGGAUGCAGGACCUGGAGGCUCCGCUGACUAAAGCGCCACACGCUGUGCCAGUGGUGCUGGCCGGGGAGGGACACAUGUUCUCUUUGGACGAGCAGGCCCUGGAGGACACCCUGCUCAAGAAGAACUUGCGUGACAAACCUGUCGUCGUCAUCUCAGUGGCUGGGGCCUUCCGAAAGGGCAAGUCCUUCCUGCUGGACUUCAUGCUGCGCUACAUGUACAGCAAGGGGAACCCUGCCUGGCUGGGAGGGGACAAUGAGCCCCUUACGGGGUUCUCAUGGCGUGGAGGAAGUGAACGCGACACAAAUGGCAUCCUUCUGUGGAGUGAUGUGUUCUUGGUGGACCGACCUGACGGCUCUCAGGUCGCAGUGCUGCUGAUGGACACUCAGGGGGCGUUUGACAGCCAGUCCACGAUUCGCGACUGUGCCACCGUGUUUGCCCUCAGCACCAUGACGAGUUCGCUGCAGGUUUACAAUGUGUCCCACAACAUUCAGGAGGACGAUCUGCAGCACUUGCAGCUGUUCACAGAGUACGGAAGACUCGCGAUGGAGGAGAUCGUCAACAAACCCUUCCAGUCGCUCACGUUCCUCGUGCGAGACUGGAGCUUCCCGUACGAGUUCGUGUACGGCGCCGACGGCGGUCGCCACUUCCUGGAGAAGCGGCUCUUGGUGAACGACCAGCAGCACGAGGAGCUGCAGACAGUGCGCAUGCACAUCAACUCGUGCUUCAGCAGCGUCUCCUGCUUCCUCAUGCCGCACCCCGGCCUCAUGGUCGCCACCGACCCCCACUUCGACGGGCGCCUGGCGGACGUGGACACCGCCUUCAAGCAGUGCCUGCAGGAGCUGGUGCCCAUGCUGCUGGCCCCAGAAAACCUCGUCGUCAAGGAGAUUAACGGGACGCCCAUCACUUGCCGCUCCCUCGUCGAGUACUUUAAGGCGUACAUGAAGAUCUACCAGGGCGAGGAGCUGCCGCACCCCAAGUCCAUGCUGCUGGCAACGGCAGAGGCCAACAACUUGUCGGCAGUGGCGGCCGCCAAAGAGUUCUACACGACCGAGAUGGAGAAGGUGUGCGGCGGCGACCGCGCGUUCCUGGCGCCUUCCGAGCUGGAGCGGCACCACCGGCGCGUGGCCACGGGUGCCGUGGCCCUCUUCCGCUCCGUCAAGAAGAUGGGCGGCGACGAGUUCAUCUGCCGCUACCAGGAGCAGCUGGAGAACGAGGUGGAGCAGCUGUACGGGAACUUCGUCAAGUACAACGAGAGCAAGAACAUCUUCCACACGUUCCGCACGCCCGCCUCACUCUUCGUGGUGAUGCUCGCGGCCUACGUGCUGUCGGGCGUGCUGGGCUUUCUGGGGCUCGACAUCGUGGCGUCGCUGUGCAACCUGGCGGUGACGGUGCUGCUGCUGCUGCUGUGCACGUGGGGCUACGUGCGCUACUCGGGCGAGUACCUGGAGAUGGGAGUCCUGAUCGACGAGCUGGCCAACUUCAUCUGGCAGACGAUGAUCAGCCCCCUGAGCGAAAAGCUGCUGGGCGAGGCGGCGAGGAUGACGGUCUCCGGCUCCUUGGGCGCCGCGCUGCCAGCCAAGUCCAAACGCAAAACCAAAACCAACUGACCCCGCCGCCGUGCCGGUCGGCGCGCGAGCCGUGCGGCCGCUGGGGGAUCAAGAUAGUGGCACUGUUGGCCAGACGGUCACCACGGCGCUGACCUCUAUGCAUUCGUCGCCGGACGGCGUCACUUCGAGUUCCCUUGCUUGCGACCGACGGCACGGUUCGGCAAGCACGGGCUGGUGGGGGGGGGGGGUGUCGCCGAGGAGGAGGGUCUCCCGUCACCGGGGUCUGUGGCCAGUCGCCGACGGUAAAUUUAAUCCGCACGUUUGGAGAACGUCAAAUUUUGUCCGAUUGUUUGCGAAGACCUGCCGGGUAUCUUUUUCGUCCCACGAUUGGGCAAAUGGCCAAGGCCAUUAAUUGCAGCCGUUUCAUCAAGGUGUGAAUCUGGCAGCAAAGUGCAAUGAGAUAAUACAACAACAUGCCAAUACUUAGCACGUGUGGGUUCUUUACGCGGACCCCUGUCAUUCCUCAUUGAGCGGUUGGUGAGCGCGAGACCAAAAUUGAGAGCCACACGGAGCCCCCUGUGGAGAAGCACAAUUUCCGCGAGCUUUUGCCACAACGGCGAUGAAAUGCCAUUGAUUGUCAACGUCCAAACAUUCCCUGCUCGCAACACGUGCAUGCCAACGCGCCUUUCCCACUCGCAUGUACCUCGAUCGACCACCAAACACGCUCGCUUCACGGCCUGUCCUCACGCGUGUUGACUGUUAUACUCCAUUCGCGCACACGUGUGCUGUAGGCAGCAGCUGCCGUUGACGCGUGUUGUGUUAACCCGGGGGUAUUUUGAAAGGCGCCGUCGCAGCAGCCGCGGCAGCACCAAACUGACGGCGUGGUGCGUGGCUUUGCCGGCCAUUGGGCUGGUUCUUCGUUGUUGAUGUGCCCUGCUGCUGCACAGAGGCAGCAGGGCCUGCACUAUUCGAGGUGGAGGUAACACAAGUCGAGCCGAUGAACAGUCCUGGUUUUGGAAGCGUGCUUAAUUUUUAACUCGGUCCACGAAGCUGAAACUGUAACAACAAAAAAGAACCCGUGCGGUGAUGCACGCUGUUCACCUGUUUGUCAUUUUAUUUCCAUUACCGCGACGCUUGCUGCGUCCUCGUCGAAUUGAGCGUGCGAGUCACAAUGUUGCUUUGUUAAAGCGCUCAACUUCCGAGGGUCUCUUAAUCCGUUACCGUCUACCCGCCUGGGAACUUUCAAUUUGACGCUUUGACCUUUUGCGGGCCAAAUUAAAUCAAACGGCACGCUUUCCAAAGCGAGGCUAUUUGACGGUUACUGUUUGUCCCUCCCGCCUCUCAAUACCGCAUGGUACUCGCUCCACCGUCUGUUUACAGCACAGCAACGUGGCCUUAGCAGUGGUAAGGUGCCGCUUCCCGCGACUCACCCGGCUUUCCGCGUCUGCCAACCGCCAGGCGGAUCGGGCGGUGCACGCCGUCGAUUGGUAGACGCGGAAAGCCGGGCAGCGUCCAGGCGGUGUGAUGGUGGCAGAUGGUGGUCCACGGGGUCUGGAGCCUCGGAGCGACUUAGUUGUGAGGAGCGUGGGUCAGAGACCAAAAUUUGUCCGGCCCUGAACUCCACGAAUACCCCCGCUCCCCAUGUGCUCUAUCGCCGCGACACGGAGCCGCUGGUGAGAGAUUCGUCGGAGUUUGGUUCCGGAUCAACCGCUCCAGGCUUUGACAGAGACCGGGGGGCCGCCUGCCCAUCCACUGGCCUUGCUUCGAGAUGGGAAGCAAGGGAAAAAAUAGAACAGCUCCGUUGUGCUUGGGACAUAGACGUGCUUCAGAUUACACGUAGGAUGCUAAUUUAUGUGCAUUUCUGUUGAUCUUGUUAAACACGAGGGCUGUUUACAUCCAGCGAGUGAGCACGUUAAUUGUAAACGCCGCACCUGCCUGCAAGCCUGCAAAGUCCAAUGUGUAGAUAUUUUAUGUUUUGUUUUCUCGAGGUCCACGCUUUACAUUGCAAAAUGUUAUUGCCAGGAGUCACAGUGUUGGAGAACGCGUGCGACUCGCAAGUAAGAAAGUCGCGAGUUCAACUCCAGGUCUGGGGGCGACUUUGCCCGUUCUUCCUCCGUGCUGAUAAAAACGAGAGAGCCACUCGUUGUGAGAAGGCAACAUUUCUACGGGUUGACUCAUCUCCGUCAUGGGUUUGUCAUUUCCACCUACAGCUCGUGGCUGUACGGGAGUAGUUGACCGUCUCAACAUUUUUUUGAGCAAGAAACCACUCUGACCUCUGACUUGUGUACCAGUGGAACGAUCCCGCUCGGACGCCAUCUCGUGCGAGAAACGCGUCUUGAAUUGGCUGGCUAAGAGGGGAACCAACCAAAUGCACUGGGAGGUCGGGGGUGAGUCCACGUAGUUUACACAGCGAGGGGCGCCAAGUCCGCUCGAGAGCUCAGUUGGCACCCUAUGCAUAUACAGUGGUACAACCACACGUGCGUACGUGUGUAUUAUAAAAAGCACCUUAAUCGGUAACUUGAAGUGAUUUUUGUUAUUUUAGAGUACAUUUUCUGUUGCCAAAAUUGCAAGAAAUGUUUUCAAAUGGUACGGUUAAUUUGGCUGUAUAUUAAAUAUUUGGUUCAGCA